UCUAGGACGGUUAAGAACACUUGGGAUCUCUUGAGUAUAUUAUGGCUUGCUCUGAAUCUGGCGGAGAAGAAAGGGAACCAACACAAGCCAAUGCUGCGACGAGGAAGCCACGGAUUCUACUGGCUGCUAGUGGAAGUGUAGCUGCCAUAAAGUUUGGUAACCUCUGUCAUUCUUUUUGUGAAUGGGCUGAAGUAAGGGCUAUUGCCACGAAAGCAUCUUUGCAUUUCAUCGAUAGGGCAGCACUUCCCAAGGAUGUAAUUCUUUACACGGAUGAAGACGAAUGGUCCAGUUGGAACAAAAUAGGUGAUAGUGUGCUUCAUAUUGAGCUACGUCGUUGGGCUGAUGUCAUGGUUAUUGCCCCAUUGUCAGCAAACACCCUAGCCAAGAUUGCUGGCGGUUUAUGUGACAACCUACUCACUUGUGUUGUGCGAGCAUGGGACUACAACAAGCCUUUGUUUGUUGCACCAGCCAUGAACACCUUGAUGUGGAAGAACCCCUUCACUGAACGACAUCUCAUGUCCAUUGAUGAACUCGGAGUUUCACUCAUCCCACCCGUCUCGAAGAGGCUGGCUUGUGGGGAUUACGGGAAUGGUGCAAUGGCUGAGCCAUCUGUUAUAUAUUCUACCGUAAGACUAUUCUAUGAAACACGAGCUCAACAAGGUGGCAAUAUUGUUCAGUCAGCAGGGUUGUAAAGUUGCCAUAUUGAGACAUGAUGACAGUAUUAAUUUGACUCAGCAUCUUCAAAAUGCUAAAGUAGAUGGUUUUUUAGUAAUGUAGAAACUGCAGCUCAUAAUUGAUAUGGAUUGAAGCUUGGUCUGUCAUUUGCUCUACAACUAAUGAUAAAGAUAUUCUCAAUGUGCUUAAUGUUUCUUGUUCUGCGUAGGCGACCUUGUUUUGUAUGGAACAAACACUGAUAAAUGAAACAAACGUGCUUAGAGAGAAUGGAAC